UAAAAAUAUUUUCAUCUUCUCGAUCGAGUCGCAUUACCAGCAGCUGUGGUGGUCGUGGAUUCACGCACGAAGACAUUCAGAUUUCCGCCGUACAAAAGAUCCUCCUAGUCGGUCAUUCGUUGGUCAGAUCAAGUUGGAAACCGUUCGUAAAAGCACGGCAAAGUGUUGCAAUCCUCCGCGAGUGAAAUUAUCUGGUUACGGAAAUCUUCAUUAGAAAGUUUUAGUCGCAAUGAGUUUUCUCAGUGCAUGCAGUUUGGCACGUAUCUACGCCAUCAGCGGUCGUCAGCUGGGAACCGGUUUUGUUGCACGUACACAUCAGCAGCAGGUGGCCGCCUGCUCAUCGUCCAGUUCGGUCCAACCUAAGGAACCACCGAAGACACCAUCGACGAGCCCUACCGAAAACGUAGUUUUUAAUGCCCGCACUCAUCGCCCGAAUGAUUUUGAGAAACGACUUCUGGUUUUCACUAAGAAGUACAAAUCCAAAGACGAGAUUCCCCAGUACAUCAAUGAAGAUGUGAUGGAACGAUGUCGCAACCAGGUGCGCAUAAAGAUCGCCAAUUAUAUGAUGAUCGCGACUGCCAUUGGGUGUAUCGUCAUGAUCUUCGCCGGCAAAAAAGCCCAGGAACGGGGUGAAUCUGUACAAAAAAUGAAUCUUGACUGGCACAAGGAGUACAACGAAAAGGCCCGAAAGGAAAUGGCAGAGACUUCAAAAAAUUGAAUCGUUUUAUAGUGUUGGGAAAUAUUCCAGCACCAGUGGAAACGGUUCCGUUCGGGAGCCAAAGUGAGUUUCCUUUUUCAUAUAUUUGGACCGCACUACGUGUAUGGUCAUAUAUUGUGUUAGAAUAGUUCAAGCUCCCAUUGAAAAUGACGACUUUGUAAGAGAGCGUAAUGAUAACGAUUGUGUGAAGUGUGAUGACCAGGAAUGUGUCAUAGAUAUUUAAUGUGACAGAGUAAUUCAAAACAGAAUAACACAGAAAAUAUAGAAUGUUCCUCAUUGA